UUUUUUAUUUUCAAACCGAAAUAACUUGAAAGAAUAGAAUGUCAGUUGUUGGUAUUGAUCUUGGUAAUCUUCAGGCUGUCAUUGCCGUUGCUCGUAACCGUGGUAUUGAUGUUAUCUGUAACGAAGUCUCCAACCGUGCUACACCUGCCAUCGUAUCUUUCGGUCCUAAGCAAAGAUAUCUUGGUGAAGGUGCAAAGACUCAGGAAAUCAGCAAUGCAAAGAAUACUGUCAUCAGCUUGAAGCGUCUCAUCGGUCGCACCUUCAACGACCCUGAAGUUCAAGAAAUUGAAAAGAGCCACCUUAUGGCCGAAUUAGCUGAUGCCAACGGACAGGCUGGUGUCAAGGUCAACUACCUUGGCGAAGAAACUGUUUUCUCCAAUGUUCAACUUUUGGCCAUGUAUCUUCACAAGCUCAAGGAUAUCACAUCCGCUGAAUUAAAGGGUCCUGUCUCUGACUGUGUCAUCACUGUUCCUGGUUGGUUCACUGAAGUUCAACGCCGUGCUGUUCUCUCUGCUGCUGAAAUGGUUGGUUUGAACUGUCUUCGUCUUGUCAAUGAUUUGACUGCUGCUGCCCUUGGUUAUGGUAUUACCAAGCUCGAUUUACCUGAAGAUAAGCCUAGAAACGUUGCCUUUGUCGAUAUUGGUCACUCUUCUUACUCUGUAUCCAUUGUCUCUUUCCUCAAGGGACAAUUGACUGUCCGCGGCAAUGCUUACGAUACCCACUUUGGUGGUCGUGAAUUUGAUGCUGUCAUUGUUGACCACCUUGCUGAACAAUUCAAGGAAAAGUACAAGAUUGACGUCUAUAGCAACAAGAAGGCCCUCUUGCGUCUUCGUGUCGCUGCUGAACGUUGCAAGAAAGUCCUUUCUGCCAAUCCUCAAGCCCCUGUCAACAUUGAAUCCAUCAUGGAUGAUAAGGAUGUCAACGCUAUGGUGAACCGUGAGGAAUUUGAAGAAUGGGCCUCCCACUUGUUCUCUCGUACCGAAUCCGUCUUGGCCAAGGCUCUUGAAAAUGCCGGUAUGACUAUUGACGAUAUUCACUCUGUUGAAAUUGUCGGUGGUACCACCCGUAUCCCUGCCAUCAAGACCACUAUUUCCAAAUUCUUCGGUAAGGACGUUUCUACCACUUUGAACCAGGAUGAAGCCAUGGCUCGUGGUGCUGCUCUUCAAUGUGCCAUGCUCUCUCCUGUCUUCAAGGUUCGUGACUUCCGUGUGAAUGACGUUUGCUCUUAUCCCAUCAAGCUCACUUGGGAUGCUACACCUGAAGAAGAAGACACUGAAAUCGUUGUUUUCGACAACAACAACUCUAUUCCUUCUACCAAGAUUUUGACCUUCUACCGUCGUGAACCUUUCACCUUACAAGCUGUUUACGCUAACCCUGAAGCCUUGCCUCGUGGUAUCAACCCUUGGAUCGGUCAAUUCAACAUCAAGAAUGUUCAACCUGUGAACGGCGAACCUGCUCAGAUCAAGGUUAAGGUCAGACUCAAUAUUCACGGUAUCUUGACUGUUGAAUCAGCAUACACUGUUGAAGAAAAGAUGGUUGAUGAAGAGACCAAGAACAAGGACGGUGAAAAGGAAGUCAAGAAGGUCAAGAAGCUCGUCAAGACUGGCGAUCUCCCUGUUAUUUCUGGAAACACUUCUCUUUCCAAGGAACUCAUCAAUGAAUAUACCGAAAAGGAAAGCCAAAUGUAUGCCAAUGAUAAGCUCAUUGCCGCUACUGAAGCAGCCAAGAACUCUCUUGAAGAAUACGGUUACGAAAUGCGUGACAAGAUCCUUGGUCCUCUUUCUGAAUACAUUGAUCCUUCCAUCAAGGACAAGUUUGCUGAUGAUCUUAAUGCCGUUGUCGACUGGAUCUACGACGAAGGUUAUGAUGCUCCCAAGAGCGUUUAUGUUGAAAAGCUUGAAGCUUUAAAGAAGAUUGGUAACCCUGUUGUUGAACGUUAUCGUGAAGCCGAAGAGCGUCCUCAUGCCGAACGCUCACUCCGAGAGACCAUCCAACGUUUGACUCAAGAAGCCAUGAGCGCCGACGAAAAAUACUCUCACAUCCCUGCUCAUGAAAAGCAAGACAUUGUCGAACGUUGUGAACGCGCUGGCAGAUGGAUGGAUGAACAAAAUGCCAAGCAAGCUCAACUUCCCAAGUGCGAAACACCUGUCUUGUUCUCUCGCGAUAUCAAGAAGGAAGAAGAAGCUAUCAUCUACUUUGCUAACCCUAUCUUGAACAAGCCUAAGCCUGCUCCUAAGGUAGAGGAACCUGCUGCUAAUGAAGAAAAUAAGAGUGAAAAUACUACACCUGCAGCAGAUGCCGAUACCCCUAUGGAAGAAGCUUCAGAUAACAAGAAGAAGGACGAAAUGGACAUUGAUUAAAACAACAGCAAUCAUCAUUUAUAUACAUUUUUUUCAAAAAAAAUCUCUGAAUUUUGUAAAAAAAAAAAACCAAUAAACUGUACCAUUUUCUAGAGUUUUAAAUAUCAAUAUUCAUGCACAUAAUAAAAA